GUGUCCUUUUACGUUUUUCUUCUUGUCUCUGUCUCUCGGUGUUUGACAUGGCAUCCCUUCCUCUCUCUCAUUCCUUCUGUCGGUCCGACAUUCAAAAUACCUCACAUCCGAAUUCUGCACCACGCGGUGACUUUUUCUCCCAAUGGCUGAAGUUAUUGGCAGGAAGAAUAAGCACUAAAAAGAUGAAAGGUCGUGUCACAUGUCGUUGAGGACUAGCAGCAUGGGAGGUUUGGUGGCCUAUAACCCUGCUAUUUUCUUUGGUUUGAGGGUGGGAUCCUUUCAGCUUUUCCUACCCAAAGUUUUUUUUCCCAUGGGUGAGUCGGCUGCCGGAUUCUUUUGCAAGAAUGCGGAGAAAUAAUACAGUAACGUGACAGAAGAUAUGAUAUGAUCUUGUUAUUUCGUCUCAGCCAGAUUUUUCUAGACUGGGCUCAAAUCCCAGCAGGGCAGGAAAAAGCGGGGAUUAAAAAAAAAAAAGGAUUGACUCAGGAAUUGUUUGCCUACAUGCCUAAAAAAAAAAUACUAAAAGCACUUUGCUUCAGUAAACACAGUCCUCAACUUACGAUCCAAUUGAGAAUGGGACUUCCGUCACUAAGCGAUGCAGCGGCUGAGCGAGUCGCAGCCAAUUUUAUGACCUUUUUAGUCACGGCCGUUAAGCAAAUCACGCCGUUGUUCAGCGAGUCCAGCUUCCCCCACUGACUUUGCUUGUCGGAAAUGCGCUACCUGGGAAGGGGGCGAACGCGGGACACCCCCCGUUGCAAAUACUUGCUGGUUGCCAAGUGACCGAAUUUUGCCCCCGUGACCUCAGGGAAGCUGAGAUGGUGAUAAAUGCGAGUCAGGUUUUCAUCACUGUUAUGACUUUGAAUAGUCGCUAAAUGAACAGUCGUUAAGUUGAGGCCUGUCUGUAGAUCCAGAACUUGUGCACUCCGUUUCUACAGCCAAGAAAAAUAAAUAAACAAACAGAUAUGCAUAGGGUAUAAGUAUGUAAUUGGAGACCGGCUACCAUAGGGUGAGAAUUUGAAGGACCGAAGGAUUAUUUAGAAAAGAAUGAAUGAAUGGGUUUUCAGUAGAAUGAAAGAAUGAAUGAAUUAAUUCUCAGUAGAAUUAAUGAGUGAAUUUGAAUUCUCAGUAGAAUUAAUGAGUGAAUUAUCAGUGGAAGUAAUGAAUUAAUUAUCAGUGGAAUUAAUGAAUUCUCAGUAGAAUUAAUGAGUGAAUUAUCAGUGGAAUUAAUGAAUUAAUUAUCAGUGGAAUUAAUGAAUUAAUUCUCAGUAGAAUUAAUGAAUUAAUUCUCAGUGGAAUUAAUGAGUGAAUUCUCAGUUGAAUUAAUGAAUGAAUGAAUUCUCAGUAGAAUUGAUGAAUGAAUGAAUUCUCAGUGGAAUUAGUGAGUGAAUUCUCAGUAGAAUUAAUGAGUGAAUUAUCAGUGGAAUUAAUGAAUUAAUUCUCAGUAGAAUUAAUGAGUGAAUUCUUAGUGGAAUUAGUGAAUUAAUUCUCAGUAGAAUUAAUGAAUGAAUUAAUUCUCAGAAUUAAUGAAUGGAUUAAUUCUCAGUAGAAUUAAUGAGUGUAUUCUCAGUGGAAUUAAUGAGUGAAUUCUCAGUAGAAUUAAUGAAUGAAUUCUUAGUGGAAUUAAUGAAUUAAUUCUCAGUACAAUUAAUGAAUGAAUUAAUUCUCAGUGGAAUUAAUGAAUGGAUUAAUUCUCAGUGGAAUUAAUGAAUGAAUGAAUUCUCAGUAGAAUUAAUGAAUGAAUGAAUUCUGAGUGGAAUUAAUGAAUAAAUGAAUUCUCAGUAGAAUUAAUGAAUGAAUUCUACGGAGGGGAAGCAGGGUUUGCAAAUAUAUUUUGAGAAGGCUCAUCCUUUAUCUCUCUGAGCUCUGAAGUUUGCACAGAGCCUGCCAGCCGAGGGGGAAUCUAUCUUGAAAUGCCAGCUACCGGGGACAAACGAAGGUGAGAGCCUAUUGUGGGUUUGUCGUGAACAUUUUUACUUUGCUUUCCAUUUCUCAUAAAUGCAAGCGGCCUACGCAACUGUUGGACUCAGGAGAAACAGCAAGGAAUAUCUAUUUUCUGGUUGUAACGAAAGCCAUUAAAACCAACUUCCAGCAAUAUACAAAAAUAAAAAAAUUUGAUUGAAAUAAAUAAAGGAAUAAACUCCCAGCGAAUGUUUUACAUUAUAAUGUCCCGUUGGUUGCAUUAUUGAAACGCACCACUGAUCUGUAAUUCCUUCUGACCAAUUGUUUAAUGAAAAUAUACCCGGAUAGAAGGAUGGACCACAUUCCACUGCAGAAUAAACCUCCUGAACAUUUGCCAAAGAACAAAAGAAGUUUGCACUUAGCAGGUCCUAAAAUAAUUUUUUCCCUGCGUCAAAAAGGCUCAACUUGAGAAUAUUAUUCAUCGGCUUUAUUUAUCACCCUCAUUCAUCACUUCUUUUCACACACAAAAAAUGAAAAAGAAUAAAGCAUUCGCACACAAACCGGGUGACGUCUAGAUGACAGAUGUGUAGUGUGCAAAACGACCUGAGCACAACCUUUCUGGGGUGUGCAAUUCACACUUCCUUCGCUGCUCGCUUGGCGUGCCAACCCCUCGUCGGUCACCAUCACCUCCGGAUCCCAUCACACACACAUACCUCCCCCCAGCUGCCAUUCCCCGCUGAUCUUCCCUUGCAGGAAUGAAAAAGCUAUUUUCCGCGCUCGGCUUGGCUUCGUGGAAGAAGGAAGCGACGUUAAGGAAAAGAUUGUUGGGCUGUUUAAAUAUUAAACGUCUCAGGUUAAGUGGCCACCUCGCCCCUGGACCUUGGACUUCAGAGAGGGAGCAGACAUGAAGCAGAAAACGGGGUGGAGGAGGAGAUGGCUAUCUGGCCCAGCGUUAAUGCUCUUGCCACAUCGGUAAUCUUUGAACCGUGAAGCACAACAAGUGUGUGCUGGAAAAACCCACCUGGUUUCCGCAGCUUGAAUCUAUCCGGUUAGAAGAGACCUAGAAGAGAAUCCUGUUCAGGGCUCCAGGACACUCCGGAGUCAACCAUGAAAUUUGAAUUUAACCCGAAAGAAGGAAUCGAUAAUCCCGCCUUGUCAUUGGCAGAGGAUUCCGAGCCAGAAGGGGCUUCCCGGAUACGUUUCUGUUUACUAAAGAAAGAAGUCGGUGACAACCUCGGCUUCUCCUUGUGCCAGGAAGCCGGAGGGAUGUGCCCUGUUGUGCGGAAGGUGACACCCGGAGGGCUGGCUUACCGUAAAGGCCUUCGGGAUGGAGACCGAAUCCUUGAGGUCAACGGAGUUAACGUUGAAGGCAUGGGAUAUCUUCGGGUGAUCUGGAAGAUCAAGAGUAGCUCAAAACAGGUCCUACUCACUCUCCUGGAUGGGAACGCCUACGAAGUAGCCAAAGCCCUCAACCAGGAUCUCAACCAGCUCUUGUCCAGAUACGGCAGGCCACGCCUGUGCUGCCUUCCCAAGGGCUCCAGCGGUUUGGGGUUCAGUGUGUCAGCUCCAGAAGGUGUGACCGGCGUAUUCCAGCUCUCCGUGCUGCAGGAUGGGCCGGCUCAAAAAGCAGGGGUGCCUCACGGUUCCUGGCUGGUGGAACUCAAUGGCGUCAGUGUUAAGAACUGGACGACUGCACAACUCAACCAAAAGCUCAGACAGAGCAGCAGUCCCAUGGGGCUCCUGGUGAUCGACAGCCGGUCGGAAGAGGCGUACCGACAAUGCGGUGUUAAGGUUACAGCGGCCCUGGCCGACGCCUCUUGGGUUCCCUUCCAAGUGACGAAGCUUCAGAUGACGCGAGGAGAAGACGGAUAUGGGUUCUUGAUGAAAGAAGAAAAAUCUAGCUCGGGGAAGAGGGGUGAGACAUCUCCAUUUGCAGGAUCCAUUGAAGCCCAAUUUUUGAGAGAACUGGAUGCGGGGCUACCUGCGGAAAAGGCGGGGAUGAGGGAAGGCGACUGUCUGUUGGCGGUGAACGGCGAGAUUGUCGAAGACCUUGAACAUCAGGAAGUGGUAUCGAGGAUCCGUUCCGACAACCAGCGGGUGACUCUCUUGGUCAUCGACUCGGAAGGAAGCAAGUUCUACAAUAUGGUUGGAGUAUCUCCUUUAGUCUUCUACGAUGAUGAAGACUUCCCAUCAAGCUUUCUGAUCACCCAUGGUUCUACUUCUCCAGGCAUCUUUCAGGGACAAAGCUGGCCCCCUUUGAGACCGUGUCACUGUCAACUCUCGAGCAAUACAGCGCCACCGGGCCAACCUGACCCUACCCCAUGGACCUUCACCAGAGAGGGCCAUGAUGGGUUCAGCCAGGCAUUCUAGAGACGGCUCCUUGGACUCUUUGGGGAUAAAGGGAGCACCUUUGCACACCCUUCCAGCGUGGCAAAUUGAUCCCAUCUCCCCAGACCAGCUUUCUCGAUCCCUCGCCUGCCUUCCGUGCCUGCACUCACAUGAUUCCUGCAGAACCUAGCAAGCGGGAUGAAGAUUCAAAGCAAAGCAUGGGCAGAGAUGGAAUGCGAUGAGUCAGGGUCAUCUUGGAGGAGUUCCCUUGGGUAAGAUUCAAAAAAAGGAUCGCUGGAAAUAAUUGCACUUCAAGGAUGGACCUCAUUCAUUGCAUUUUGUGGCAGAGAAGCUAGUUACGGACGUCCUCUCUGGAUGUGACAACAUCUCUAGAUGAUUCCUACCAGUGGAAUGUGAAUGAAGGCCGUUGACCACCUCCUUCAAACUCCUUUUCCCUCCGUCAAAAUAUUCCCUCAAUUGCAAGAUCUCCAUCCUUGAAAACUUUUAAGACUUGUGGAUUUCAGCUCCUGGAAUUCCCCAGCCAGCCAGACAACUCCCAGAAUUCCCUGUGCUGGCUGGGGAAUUCUGGGAAUCGAAGUCCACAAGUCUUCAGGUCACCGAGGCUGGCGUGCCCUGCUCUAC